ACAUGGCAGCAUGGCUUAAGUUUGCAAAGUUGCAUCUAAACAAACCACAAUAAUUUCCAAAUAACUGAAAGUUUGAUAAUAAUGGAAGAAAUAAUAAUGAGAAAAAAUUAACGGAGAAACAUUACAGUGGUUUGACUUAUUAAGAUGUCUUAUUAAAAUAUAUCUAAUAUCUAAAAGAUACAUAUAACCGUGUUUAACAGUUUACACAGACAUUUCUAAAACACAAGAGCAUUAUGUUCAAGACUUUAAGAAAAUCAAGAUUCAUUUUUAUCACUAUUUCAGAUUUAAGAAAUCUUGCUGUAUGUUUACAUCAGUUGUUUGUCACCAUCAUACCUUUCAUCUCUGCUCUCUUUGUUUCCAAGCUCCUGCAUCAGUUCCUGAGUUUCUUCCUUUUCUUUGAGGUUUAUUACUGGUCUGUAGAACCCAGUUUAGUCAUGUUAAACAUAGACACGAUGUUCGGUAUGGAACAUUGCAUUUAGAGGUGCUUUCCUUUAUAAAAAGGCAAUAUUAUCAGAUUUCUUUGUGUGAUACACAUGCUGUGAGGAAAGUUUUCAUGCUAAGUCAGAGGAAUGCACAGCUGCAGCUGAGACACUGUUGCCUUUGGUGAGUUUGGGCUUAGUGAGGACAUCUGAGUAGAUCAUGGACAGACCUAACCACAGAGCUGAAGCUCCUUCAAUGGAGCCCAGUGCCAAGUUCUUCUGCUGUAGCUGUGUAAGGCGCUACCUCCCUCUGGCUUACCGAGAGGAGCUCUACCACAUCCUGAGGAUGACUGGGCCCCUGCUUGUCUGCCGGUUCUUGAAUUUCCUUCUUUUCUUUGUGGUCACAAUGUUCUGUGGCCGCCUGGGGAACACUGUACUGGCAGGCUAUGGCAUGGCUUCUGCUACAAUAAAUGUAUCUUCUGCAGCAACUGGAUUAGGGCUAACUUUGGCAUGUGAUACACUCGUUUCACAGACCUUCGGCAGUAAGAACCUGCUACAUGUAGGAGUAAUCCUGCAAAGGAGCAUUCUGAUCUUGCUGCUCUUUUGUCUUCCCUGCUGGGGUCUGCUUAUUAAUACCCAGUCCUUUCUACUCCUGGUGGGACAAGACCCUGAUGUAGCCAGGGUAGCCCAGAUUUAUGUUGAGGCGUAUCUUCCUGCUAUUCCAGCUAUAUUUCUGUACCAGCUGCAGGUGUCUUACCUUCAAAACCAGGGUGUGAUUAUACCACAAAUGUAUGCAUCGGUGGUGGCCAAUGUUGUGAAUGUGCUGGUUAACUACAUCUUGCUGUUUUGGUGGGAUCUUGGAGUACAUGGAUCUGCAGCAGCCAAUUGUUUUGCCCAGGUGUUUUCCUGCUUCACUUUGUUUGCUUACAUUCGAUUAAAGAAACUCCAUGUUAAGACAUGGGGAGGCUGGUCCUCAGAAUCACUGCAGGAGUGGGACAACUACAUGAAACUGGCUAUUCCUAGUACAUUAAUGUUAUGCUUUGAAUGGUGGAUCUAUGAAAUUGGAGGCUUCCUAGCAGGAAUGCUGGGAGAGGUUGACUUGGCUGCUCAACACGUGGUUAUAAUGCUGGCUUAUAUAAACUACAUGAUCCCAGCUGGUUUACAAGGUGCAGCUUGUGUGCGUGUGGGAAAUGCAUUAGGAGCUGGAGAUACAGCUGGAGCCAUUCUUACUAGCAAAGUGUCUCUUAUUUGUGCAGCUGCAUUGGCAAUCAUUCAGGGUCUGGUGCUUGGUGGCACAAAAACUGUCAUUGGAUUUUUGUUCACUUCAGAUGAAACCAUAGCAGAGUUAGUUUCUGAACUCAUGAGCAUAUACUGCCCCCUUCAAUUCUUCAAUGGACUAUUGUGUGUUGGCAUGGGCAUAGUUCUGGGCACUGGGCAGCAAAAGAUUGCGGCUAUUGCUAAUCUAAUUGGAUAUUACUGUAUUGGACUUCCACUAAGUAUCACUUUGACCUUCCCUGCCAAGUUGCAAGUUGCUGGCUUUUGGUGGGGCCUUUUAAUAGCAGUCUUCUUGUUAUCAAUUUUCAUUGUCAUCAUCUUCAAAUUAAAUUGGAAGAAGAUAACAGAAGAGGCUAUUGAGCGUGCUGGGAAAGGGAAGAGCAGAGGUCUAUCACAGCCAGAGUUUAGAUCCAAUCACCGUCUCUCCGGUAGCUUUUUUAUUGCGCUCAAUCAUUUAGAGAAUCAGAAUGGUUAUACUGCUGUAAACUCUGAAGAAGUGGACGAGGAAAGGAGCACUUCAUUGGCUCAGGAGAGAUUGGCAGAGGAGGAAUGAGCAAAAAAUUAUCUUCCCAUGUCUCAGCUCAUCAUCAGAAGAGGACUGACUGCUCUAACUGCUCUCCUUAUACUCAGUGGAGGGAUGGUUGUACAUUUUAUCCUGCCUCUGCCUGAGGUGCCAUCCAUCACAAAUAGCACUUUGGAUUUAGAUAAUUCCACUUUAUCUUCUCCUUUUGCCACACAAAUGUUGUCUUUUUGAAGCUAAAAGAUCCUUGCUGGACAAUAGUCAAAGUCAAAGUGUUUUUAUUUAGUAUUGACCUUAUGCUGUAUCAUUUACAGUGUAUUGACCUUAGUGGUAUUCAAACUGCCAUUGCUAUGAUAGAGAACAUUAUAUAGACAAUGAGAAAAAAUUAGAAAAAUGAGAAUGUUAUUAAUCUACAUGAGGUAGAAAUACAAUGGCAGGAAAAUUUAAUUUUCUUUUUCUAAUCAAAAUAACAUAGUUAAAUAUUGUUAGGUUGAGAGAUAGGCUAAUUAUUAUUUGUUUAAAUUGCACAAAUAUAGUAAAUUAAUAAUGGAAUCCAUAGACAGAGAAUUAAAUAUAGUCACUUACAAAUAAUUUAUUAAAAUAUUCAUUUCUGUAACUCCUGAAACAUAUAACAAGAGAUUGUAAACCUUCUGUAUGUAGCAUUGUACCUUCAGGUAGCUAUUCAUGCGAUUAGUCUACAAAGGAAUUAAUGCCCAUACAGUAACAGUGACUAAUAACUCUCUAACAUG